AUGAGGAAAACACUGAGGAGGAUGUUCGGCGCCCGGCCGAAGAGCGCCAUGGCGACACUACCUCGGACGAAGCACCCAAACCCGAACAGAGCGUCAGCACCCCCUGCUUUCGGCCGAGUUCGCAGCGUGGACGAGCCGGCCACAUAUAUCGUCCCCGGCCCCUUCGACAACGACAUGCAAUGUCAAGCGCCACUGCAGCGCGUUCGAAUGACAGCCCAAGAAAAUACAAGUCAGUCUCGCAUGGCGUCCCGCACAUCUCAGUUCGGAGCAGCAGAACGGUCGCUGCAGGCAAACUUUCCCCAGACCAGGGUCGUGGACGCCGGGCAAUUCCCCGGGAACAUGGAGUUACUCGAUGGGGUGCGCAAAGACGACACUCGCUUCUUCGUCGCCAUGAACCCAGAGGACUCGUCCCAGUAUAUCGCUGUCAACCUCGUUAUUUUCCGCACGACAGAGACUUCCCAACUCGGCUGCACUUCUCCAGGCGUGCGGCCCAUCGUGGUUGCACAAGACGCAUUGGCACAUUUGCUGAGGCAGUGGCAACGAGGUGGGGUCUCGGAUCGGUUUCUGGCAAUCGUUUCUAUGGGCACGGAAUCGUCUGUACAGGUCUUUCGGGCCAAAGAGGGCUUGGUAGACUUGCCUGCCUGA